CUAUGUAGACUCAAUAUUGGGUGGUGAUUGUUCAUGCAGCUUCUGAACGCAGGAACAGGCUGCUCCGCUGAUAGGCCGGCCAGCCCUGCAUGCUAUCCGUAUCGUAUCGUAACCAGAUAGAUUAUCAUCACGUGCCUCAAAAGUCGGCGGGAUUCUGCGUCGCGCGACCUCUUGUCGAUCUUCUGGACGCCAAUUCCCCAUCCUUGCCUAGACCUGCUUGUGACUGUCUGAGUUGGCAUUGCGAUAUCGGAAGCACAUUGGGUGAUUCUGGUCGAUUCCUCUGCAGCUAGCAGGCCUUCCGAGCCCCCGAUUUUGUCUUGAUUUGUUCUUUGCCGCCCCGGUCGUCACCCUAACAUCAUGGGAGGAAACAAGCGCAAGCGCACAGAGGCUGGGUGCUCAGAUGACGAAGAUCCGGUAAAGAAGAGCUCAGAUGCGAAUAGCUUUGGUGUUGCUCAGACACUCUCGCUCCUGAACUCGGGCAGGACAAAGUCUCAGAACGGUAUCGACUCGGAAGAACCUGGGAAGGCGCAGGAUGAUAUGCCCAAGGAAAGAGCUUCGAAGAAGAAGCGCGUGGAUGGGGAGAAGACAAAAUACCCAGUCCUCACCUAUGUCGAAGGCAAAUUGCAGUCAUCCAUCCGAAUUGCUGAUCUCCAGAGUCUGCUACUCUACUGCUUUGCUGAUGGCGUCGCGCCGCAGUGGAUCUCAGUCAAGCACUCCGGUCAUGUUAGGAAGAUUGUCGUGCUGAUGGUGCCCGGUCUGGAACUGGGCAUGUUUGACGGAUCACUUCCUCUGGAUGCGUACUCCGUCAGUGAAAAGGACACAGAAGAACCUGCCGGUACGGACAAGGCGAUGGAUGUGGAUACAAAAGCGGAGGACUUUGCGCGCUGGAAGCAAGGUCUGCCGCUGGAGGACCGGUCACAUCGGUUCAAUCCUCGCCCUCUUUCGCGCGGUGACCUUCCGGCACCCCUACAGCCGCUAGCGGAUAUGUUCCCUCACGCCUGGCCCGUAAAAGCCCCCGGUGAUUCCAAGUACAACAAGAUCCACUCUCCACUUCAAGCCAUACUUCUAUCUGCUCUACCGAAGGGCAAGGAUAGUAAUACGAAGGGAGUAAAACCUCCCAAGGUGGAUAAGAGUAUCGCCUUCCAGCGUACACCGAUCACCACUUUCAUUAGCUCUCUGGAAGAUCUCCGGGAGAACGACUAUGUGCUUCAUCCGGCUCUGCUCGCCACAGAACAAGAAAAGUCGACUUUGUUGGAGAAUCGCAAGCGGGCCGGACAUUCCAAGGAAGAUGGGUGGGUAGAUACUCACGUCGAGAGCUUGGAGGCUGGACAGGUACCAGACUCUGAAAUCCAGCAAGGCAGCAUGACCGCAGGUCGGGAUGUGCUAGCGUUGGAUUGCGAGAUGUGUAUCACCGAAGGGGGCCAAUCCGAGCUCACGCGCAUCAGCAUGGUCCGGUGGGAUGGUGAAGUUGUACUAGAUGAGCUGGUGAAACCCCAGCGACCUAUCAUCGAUUAUUUGACUCGUUUCUCCGGUAUCACGAAAGAGUUGCUCGAUCCCGUCACUACCACUCUUGCCGACAUCCAGCAGAAGCUUCUCUCUCUCCUUACUCCUCGUACCAUCAUUGUCGGCCACUCCUUGAAUUCCGAUUUUAACGCCCUGAAACUCACUCACCCAUUUAUUGUCGACACCACCUUUAUCUACCCCCAUCCUCGCGGACCGCCACUCAAGUGCAGUUUGAGAUGGCUCACCCAGAAGUAUCUCGGAAAAGAAAUCCAGAAGGGCCAGACAGGCCACGACUCGAUCGAAGAUGCGCGCGCUGUUCUCGAACUCGUGAAGCAGAAGUGCGAAAAGGGUGAGCGCUGGGGCACUAGUGAGGCAUCGAACGAGAGUAUCUUCAAGCGCCUGGCACGCUCCAUGCGUUCCGGGAAAUCGUCCACCAACGAAGGCCGCACCGGAGCUGUUGUCGACUGGGGCAACCCGGAGCGCGGCUUCGGGUCGCAGGCGACUACAUCGAUAGGAUGCAGCAACGACACCGACGUUGUAAAUGGCAUUUCCAAGGUAGUCAACGGCGACGACAGCAACCCCUCCAUUCCCGGAGGCGGUGUUGACUUCACUUGGGCCAGAUUGCGCGAACUCGAAGUUUAUCGCGGCUGGUGCAAUCGGAUGCCCGACCCCAACAACGCGAACGAGUCGACGACGCUCGUUCCCCCUCCUGAAGAAACGACUCCGACAUCCGCCGCCGUCUCCCCCACGAAAGAAGCCACUCGGAACCUCGCCGACACCGUCUCCCGCACUGUCUCCAACAUCCACCAAAUCUACCAAUCCCUCCCCCCUUGCACGUUAUUCCUCGUCUACUCCGGCACCGGAGACCCUCGCGAAGUCAGCCGCCUCCAAGCCAUGCACAAGACCUUCCGCGAAGAAUUCAACUCCCGCAAACCGUGGGAUGAAUUGACCGUUAAAUGGACCGAUACUGAGGAGCAGGCGCUCAAGAAGGCCUGUGAACGAGCCAGAGAAGGCUGCGGGUUUAUGUGUGUGAAGUAAUUAACAUCUUACCUCUUUUCUUCUUUUUUCUUUCAUCCAUUAUUUCUUCCUCUUCCGUACGGGACUGUGUUUUUGACCAGGCAGCAGACCGGGUUCAAGAUACAGGUCCUGGUGGUUUGGCUCGCUUGUCACGAAUGCCUUUCGGGGCUUCUUACGGAAAUUCCCCCUGCUUUGAACUCUAGAUUAUGGGUAUUCGAGCCGUGCUUCUGAUCGAAAACUACUCGCCUACUGCUCAACUGCCUAGUAUCUACGUUCUAUCACGGAGGAAAUAGGCAUGACAUAUGCUGGAGCCAUAUCAAAUCGGACAUUUUUGGAUUGAUUGGAUAAGAAUUGGGCUGGAUCACACCCAAUGUG